UUGACGGAGAAGACGUUGUUGUGUUUAUUACAGUCGUGUGUUCUUAAUCAGUACGUACAUGUACACAUUUAUGUUUUUUGAUAGAGUAAACAUAUGUUAUAAUUGUUUGUAUUUGGAUAAAUUAGUCUGAGCGCACUUUGCAGCUCCUCGUGUUAGCUUAGCUUGCUAGUUAGCUUGGCGUGUUAGCUGCUAACAAAGAGAGGCGGAAGUGAUCAAAACACAUCGCUAAGCAGAGAUCAAGUGUGAGUGUAAAGUGUUGUGAUUGUGUGAAAAUGUGCGAAAGAACGAUAGCAGAGUACGAGGAGGAACUUUGUCCAACAAAAGAGGAGAAGGAGCGACAACAUCAACUACUGGACGCUGUUUUCAAGAAACAUCAAGUUGUGUUACACAGAACAGAUGACCAGCAGUCCCCCCACAUUAAAGAGGAAGAGGAGGAAGUGUGGAUCACUCAGGAGGAAGAGUGUCUUCUAGGUCAGGAGGAGGCUGAUCUCACCAAGUUUCCACUGACUGUUGUCUCUGUGAAGACUGAAGACCAUGAAGACAAACCACCUGAGUCCUCACAGCUUCAUCACAGUCCAAAUGUCUGUCAGGAACAUCAUCUCCCUGAGCAACAGGAGUGGAGCUUCAGGAUGGAGCAGGAGGAGCCACAGCCCUCCUACAUUAAAGAGGAAGACGAAGCGCCACCAAACCCUUACAUUAAAGAGGAAGAGGAGGAACACAGCAUCAGUCAGGAGGGAGAGCAUCUUGAAUGGUUGGAGGAGUUGCCAUUGACUGUCAUUGAGAAGAGUGAAGAUGAUGAGGUCAAAGGUGAAAGUGAGGAGACGAGAGAGGCGGAGCCUCCAAACAGCAGCUCAACUCAACACAUGACAACAGAAGCUGAUGGAGACCACUGUGGAGGAUCACAAGCAGACAAGCUCUUAGCUCCACUAUCAGAUAGUGAGGACACAACGUCACACUCUCCUGACACUGAUGAUGAAGACUCUAAAGAUGAUAAGACAUGUCACACUGACAACACACACUUCACAUGUUCUCACUGCGACAAAACCUUUAAUUACCGUCAUAAUCUGAAAACACACAUGAGAACACACACUGGAGAAAAGCCUUAUUCCUGCUCAGAAUGUGGUAAAUGUUUUGCGCAAAAACAGGUGUUGAAAGAACACAUGCAAACACACACUGGAGAAAAACCUUUUUCCUGCUUAGUAUGUGGUAAAAGUUUUGUACAAAGAAACAAUUUGAAAGUACACAUGAGAAUACACACCGGGGAAAAACCUUUUACUUGUUCAAUCUGUGGUAAAGGUUUUGUAACAAGUCAAAAUUUGAAAGUGCACCUGAGGACGCACACCGGUGAAAAACCGUAUUCCUGUUCAAUUUGCAACAAAAGCUUUUGUGACCGAUCAGCACUUAUCAGACACAUGAGAACACACACUGGAGAGAAAGUGUUGAGUUGCGAUCUUUGUGGUGAAAGAUUCUCUUCUAAGCACCAGUGUAAGAAACACAAGUGUGCUGGUGAGAACAGCCGCGGAAAACGCCAUCCACCCAUCCAUAUUCUACCGCUUGUCCCUUACGGGGUUGCGGGGGGUGCUGGAGCCUAUCCCAGCUGCAUUCGGGCGGAAGGCGGGGAACACCUUGGACAAGUCUCCACCUCAUCACAGGGCCAACACAGAUAGACAGACAACAUUCACACUCACAUUCGCACACUAGGGACCAUUUAGUGUUGCCAAUCAACCUAUCCCCAGGUGCAUGUCUUUGGAGGUGGGAGGAAGCCGGAGUACCCGGAGGGAACCAACGCAGUCACGGGGAGAACAUGCAAACUCCACACAGAAAGAUCCCGAGCCCAGGAUCGAACCCAGGACCUUCGUAUUGUGAGGCACACAAUAGAGGGACAAGCAGUAGAAGAUGGAUGGAUAUACUGUGUGUGUGUGUAUAUAUAUAUAUAUAUAUAUAUAUAUAUAUAUACACAUAUACUGUAUACACAUAUAUAUACAUAUAUAUACACAUAUAUGUAUAUAUAUAUGUAUAUAUAUAUAUGUGUAUACAGUAUAUGUACACUACCGUUCAAAAGUUUGGGGUCACAUUGAAAUGUCCUUAUUUUUGAAGGAAAAGCACUGUACUUUUCAAUGAAGAUAACUUUAAACUAGUCGUAACUUUAAAGAAAUACACUCUAUACAUUGCUAAUGUGGUAAAUGACUAUUCUAGCUGCAAAUGUCUGGUUUUUGUUGCAAUAUCUACAUAGGUGUAUAGAGGCCCAUUUCCAGCAACUAUCACUCCAGUGUUCUAAUGGUACAAUGUGUUUGCUCAUUGGCUCAGAAGGCUAAUUGAUGAUUAGAAAACCCUUGUGCAAUCAUGUUCACACAUCUGAAAACAGUUUAGCUCGUUACAGAAGCUACAAAACUGACCUUCCUUUGAGCAGAUCCAGUUUCUGGAGCAUCACAUUUGUGGGGUCAAUUAAACGCUCAAAAUGGCCAGAAAAAGAGAACUUUCAUCUGAAACUCGACAGUCUAUUCUUGUUCUUAGAAAUGAAGGCUAUUCCACAAAAUUGUGUGGGUGACCCCAAACUUUUGAACGGUAGUGUAUAUAUAUAUAAAUAUAUUAGGGCUGCAACAACUAAUCGAUUAAAAACGAUUAUAGUUGGCGAUUAAUUUAGUCAUCGAUUCGUUGGAUCUAUGCUAUGCGCAUGCGCAGAGGCAAUAUUUUAUUUUAUUGUAUUUUUUAUUGUUUUUAUUUUUAUAAACCUUUAUUUAUAAACUGCAACAUGUACAAACAGCUGAGAAACAAUAAUCAGAAUAAGUA